AUGAGUUAUUUUCAAUCUGUAACGCAAAAACUUGCCAUGGGAGUUGAAACGGUAUAUCAGAAGCCGACGCCCGACAUCGAAGAAACAUCGAAAUCAUUGGUUUUAAAAUACAGCGGAAAUGAUUACGUCACAACAGUCCAAUGGCAGGAAGUUGGUGCUCUACAGGCUUCUUACUAUCAAAAAAUUAAUGAAAAAGUGGAUUUUGGAACUGAACUUCAGAUUAUUUUAGCAGCUGGUCGAAGAGAAGCUCAGCCAUCCAAAGCCGUUGCUAAUUGUUCGAAUUUGUUUUCAAGGGUGGAAAAUUCGAUUUUAGAGCCGCAACGUUUAGAGGACAGGUAA